AUGGAAAAGGCAGUGGAUAAUUCAGCCAGGACCUUUAUGGACAUGAUGCGAAUGCCAGUGUUGUUCUACAGGAGCAUUGGAGAGGAUAUCUACGCUCAUCGCUCCACGAAUCCAUUGAAAUCGCUUCUGCUCAAGAUCUACCUAUAUGCGGGAUUUAUAAAUUUCAAUCUGCUAGUUAUCGGCGAACUGGUGUUUUUCUAUAACUCAUUGCAGGACUUUGACACCAUUCGUUUGGCCAUUGCCGUGGCUCCCUGUAUUGGAUUUUCCUUGGUGGCUGAUUUCAAACAAGUUGCCAUGGUGAAUGGUCGAAAAACCAUGAUUAUGCUGCUCGAUGACCUGGAGGAUAUGCAUCCGAAGACCCUGGAGAAACAGAAGGAAUACAAAUUGUCGGAUUUUGAAAAGACCAUGAAACGGGUGAUCAACAUUUUCACCUUUCUCUGUUUGGCCUAUACGACCACAUUUUCAUUUGAUCCGGCCAUAAAGGCUUCGGUGAAGUUCAACUUACUGGGCUACGAUACCUUCGAUCGUAAUUUCGGUUUCCUCAUCUGGUUUCCCUUUGAUGCCACAAGUAGUAAUUGGGUUUACUGGAUCAUGUACUGGGAUAUAGCUCAUGGAGCUUAUUUGGCGGGAAUUGCCUUUCUCUGCGCUGAUCUUCUACUCGUCGUGGUGAUUACACAGAUCUGCAUGCACUUCAAUUACAUAUCCAUGCGAUUGGAGCAGCAUCCAUGUAAAUCGGAGGAGGAUAGAGAAAAUAUAGAGUUCCUCAUUGGGAUAAUCAGGUACCACGAUAAGUGCCUGAAACUUUGCGAAAGUGUAAAUGAUCUGUACAGCUUCUCGCUGCUCUUAAAUUUCUUGAUGGCCUCCAUGCAGAUUUGCUUUAUAGCCUUUCAAGUUACCGAGUCCACCGUGGAAGUUAUCAUUAUCUACUGCAUAUUCUUGAUGACCUCAUUGGUGCAGGUGUUUUUAGUGUGCUACUAUGGAGACACUUUGAUUGCCGCUAGCCUGCGAGUGGGCGAUGCUGCCUACAAUCAGAAGUGGUUUCAGUGCAGCAAAUCCUAUUGCAGUAUGCUGAAGUUACUCAUUUUGAGAAGUCAGAAGCAGGCUUCAAUUAGACCGCCGACUCUGCCACCUAUAUCUUUGGUUACCUAUAUGAAGGUCAUCAGCAUGUCGUAUCAAUUCUUUGCUCUACUGAGAACCACAUACAGCGUUAAUUGA